AGGAAACAAAGCGGUCAUUUUUGCUUUGCUAACAUCAUCUUGUGGCUGACUCAUAGGCCUGACUUUUCUGGGAAUAAAAUUCGGUUACUACACUUCUGCUUAGCUACACUUUCUUGUACUGAAACUUGUAGAUCCUAACUCUGGCUUCCUUUUUUUUUUUUUUUGUUACACUUAAAUUUUUCUAGGAAUUUGUUUUAGUCUGUCAUUUGAAACUAUUGCUGCUAAAGGCCUUCUCUACCAUUGUAGUCAUCUUCAACUUAGGACUGUGUUGUGUGUGUGAGGGGGUUGUGUUUGUUUUGCGUGGGGUUUUUUGUUUUGUUUUGGGAUAUUUUUAUGAAGAGUUGUAUGUGUUUUUAGGUGGAGUGGCACUUUGCUCUUCUCAGGCAAAAAUGCCACAAUUUUUCAAAGCUCUACUUAAAUGCUGACGAGGGGUUGCCGAUUGCCUUGUUGUGAUUUUUAAAUGCUGUCAAUUUAGUUACUGUUAACAGCAGAACAUUAAUGGACUUGCAAUAAUCCUUCAGGUUGACAGAUGUGAUCCAGAGCCCUUACUCAUGGCGAGGAGGGAGAAGGUGGGGUUUAUUUGCAAGCUGCUGGAAGGGCAGUAACUGCCAUACGUCAUACUUGUCCUAAAGAGCUUUCUAUGUAACUUCAGGCGCAGAAGGGAGUUUGCUGGCAUGUAGAAUAGAUCAAUUUGCUGAGAGGUGCUGUUUCUGUCUGCUCCUCUGUUGGUUUCCUGAUAUACAAAGCCCUGGUCUUGUCACAGUUCAUGGCAGUUGCAUGCUCUAGGUAUUGCUUCCAGGCAAGAAAACAGCACAGAAGGUUGUAGGACAGUUUAAUACUAGCUCCUUAUGGUCUUUCAGCCUUUGGCAUCUUUGAACUUAUGAAAAAAGUUACUGCAUCAAAUGAAAGUAUUUGUGGGUGAUUGGUGUGGGGCGCUUUGGUCGUGUGGAUGGGUUUUUGCUUUUGUGAGUGGUCAAUACUUAGAGCAAUUUAGGAAACCUGCUCACAGACUGCAACGCAUGUUUGCAUUCACAGCUGGAAUUGUGCUGAGAGUGAGUCAUCCUUCUGCCUUACCCAACUCGUGAAUUGAGGAUUUCGGCCUUCGGUCAACAGGCUUUCCUCUGAUGCUGCUUGUUCUGAAAGCUGGUGCUGGUGUGUGUGUGUUUUGGGUUUGUUUUUUUUUUUAAAGUGCUAUCCUAAUAUAAAUGAUCAAAGGAAAACAGUUGAUGCACAUGGUCUUGAUAGGUAGCUGAUCACUAGAGGAAAACAUAACUUUUGCAUCUGGGGACCUUUAGUGUCUUCCAGGAGUAGUUUUUAGUUUGGAAGAUGAAGAUUUUUGUGGAGGUGGGGUUUUUGUUGUUUUUAGUUUUUGUUUGGGUGGGUUUUUUGAGGAAAUUAGUUUUAUGGAGUGUACUCAAACUGAAUAAUGUUAGGGAUUGUAUGAAGUGUAAAUAUUUGCACGUCUUGUGUGCUCUGUAGCAAAAUACUGUUUCUGUUAACUCCUCUCUCAAAUAAGUACUGACUUUUAACUAAAUCUUUACUGUAUCUAAAGCAUUUAAAAAGGUUCUGUGUACUAUUUGCUAGUUUUAAGCAGAACAGUGUUCCUUCCCUAGUUGAAAGUUAGAUGUUCAUGCGGAAUCUCUUCAGGAGAGAGACUUUCUGCCUUUUGGUGCUAUGGAAGUAUUUACUGAAUGAUUUUUUUGAGCAUUACUCAGCUGACCUCCACUUAGAUCUCUGGGAUUUUAUUCCUUUUAAUGUCCAGAUAUUUUAGGUAUGGUUAAAGCCAGCUCUUCAGCAAGGAGAGGUAUGUAAAUAGAAUGAAUCUUGUUACAGAGAAUGAACUGAUUAUAACAGAGUGGUGUUCUGGUAAGAGUUAUGAUUCUUAAGUUAUGAUUCCAAUUUAAUUUUGGAAACAAAAACUAUUAAGCUGAACUUUGAAUGUAGUAUUGUGGCAACUGUUGAUUGGAAUAAGCUUUGUCAGCGUGAAGGGGGCGAGACAUUGUCUCACAGCUUGGUGACUGGGUCUCUUGGAUGCACUGCAAAAAAAAAAAUACUGCUGUGAUGGAUGCUUGCAUGAGGAAUUCCCUUACUCCCUUCUUCUGCCCCUGCGCUGUUACGUUCUGUCCUCUGUCUGCUGCUGUCUGGUGCAGUGCAAGGCACUUGCCUGCUAAGAGGUGCAGCAGAGCCUGCCAGGCAGCCUGGCAGUUUGUGAAGGCCAGCAGUCUGACGAGGGACAGGUCCAGAGAGUCUUGCUCGGAUGGUGACUUGAGAAUUUCUGAGUUGGUGACUGGAUUUGCGUGGAGGAAAAGGUUAAGCGGAUAAUGUUUUGUAGAGGGGCUAGAGAGUCGGCAUAAGCGUGUUCUUCAUUUAGGGGUGUGUUGUGCGUUGCUGACAGAGAUGGAAAAGCUUUGAGGAAGCCAGUCAUUUAAAAUGUUGGCGGUACCUCACUACUUGGAGUUCCUUACAAUUAAAAGCAUCUGUGAUUCAUACUGUUCAGCAAGUUAUUUCAGCUCUGAAAAGCAAGCUCUUAUUUAAAAUUUCAAUUAGAGUACUUAUUUCAUUUGAAUUUUGAGAGGAAGAGUCAGUUUUCAGCCUGCCUUAUCUGAAAAUCCAAAGCUGUUGAAUUACAGAAGACAGACCUUAAUUUAUUUUGGAUUAGGAUUCCCAUGGCAUGUGAACUAGAAGAUAAUUUGAAAUAGAAGGUCUCAUUAUUUUGAAGUGACAAUCUUUAUCAAAAUGGUUGGAAAACUCAAACAGAACUUGCUGUUGGCAUGUCUGGUGAUCAGUUCGGUGACAGUAUUUUAUUUGGGCCAACACGCUAUGGAGUGUCACCAUCGAAUAGAAGAACGCAGCCAGCCUGUGAGGAUGGAAAGUGUGAGAAGCACAGUAAGAACUGCUUCCGAUGUAAAUGCAAACAAAACCUUUGCUUACAACAAAGACAUGCCUUUAAUAUUUAUUGGAGGAGUACCUCGAAGUGGCACUACCUUAAUGCGUGCCAUGCUUGAUGCCCAUCCGGAUAUUCGAUGUGGAGAAGAGACAAGGGUAAUCCCGCGAAUUCUGGCAGUUAAGCAGAUGUGGGCUAGAUCAAGCAAAGAGAAGAUCCGACUGGAUGAAGCUGGAGUCACAGAUGAGGUUCUGGACUCAGCCAUGCAAGCAUUCUUACUGGAAAUCAUUGUGAAACAUGGAGAGCCUGCUCCAUAUUUGUGUAACAAAGAUCCUUUUGCUUUAAAAUCCUUAACUUAUCUCGCUAGAAUUUUCCCCAAUGCCAAAUUUCUUCUAAUGGUACGGGAUGGUCGUGCAUCUGUGCAUUCCAUGAUAUCUAGAAAAGUCACUAUAGCUGGGUUUGACCUUAACAGCUACAGGGAUUGUUUGACCAAGUGGAAUCGUGCUAUAGAAACUAUGUAUAACCAGUGUAUGGAGGUUGGUUUUGAAAGGUGUAUGCUGGUACAUUACGAACAACUUGUAUUGCAUCCUGAAAGAUGGAUGAGAACUCUCUUAAAGUUUCUCCGCAUACCAUGGAACCAAGCAGUGCUGCACCAUGAAGAAAUGAUUGGAAAAGCAGGGGGUGUUUCUCUUUCAAAGGUUGAAAGAUCUACUGACCAAGUAAUCAAGCCAGUCAAUGUGGAAGCACUGUCAAAGUGGGUUGGGAAGAUACCUGCUGAUGUUCUGCAAGAUAUGCCCGUGAUUGCACCCAUGCUAGCAAAACUGGGUUAUGAUCCAUAUGCCAAUCCACCAAAUUAUGGAAAGCCAGAUCAAAAAGUUGUGGAAAACACAAGGAGGGUCUAUAAAGGUGAAUUUCAACUUCCCGACUUUCUUAAAGAAGUGCCACAGCCAAAGAAGACAGUAGAAAGGAAGUCUCGUGGCAAGAUAAAAUGAACGUGGAUCAGUAAAGUCGAAUAGCCGUAGUACCGAACCUAUGGAAUAGAAGAUGCAACGGACAUUUCUUGCACAGAAGAAAAAAAGACUGCUGCCUUCUCAAUGGAAAUGAUCUUACAAGGACUGUCCCGCUAAGACCAGUGAGGUGUAUUGCUCAUGGCCUGCUUUUUUCAGAAUUUUCUCCCCCAUUUCUUUCAUACUGUUUUUGUUCAAAAUUUUGCUGUUGUGAGUGCAUGUAAAACUGUUUAAAAAAAAAAAAAUCACUGAUGUUAAUGUAGAACCGUAUUACAUUCACACAACUAUUUUUUUAAGGUUUUAAAAAAUGCAAAGCAAUGCCUGUCUCAGAAAUUGCUAUUCUGUCUCCAUUACAAAACUCCAUCUUAAAAUAUUUUUUUUUUUUUACUGUAGCAGUUUGGUUUUAAAUGUAUGAAGCUUUCAAAAGAGUGGUCUGUGCUUGUCCUAAAAGAUUUUUGGUGGAACAGUUGUUUUAGUCACAUGUGGAAAUUGUUAAAUAUCUUUUAUUUAAAAAAAGUUGAUAAAUUACAUGUACAAUUACAAUUCAAUGAUCUUUUGUAUUUUAUUUUUCAAAAUAAAUGCUUUAAAUGU